AGCCUCGCCUCGCCUCGUCUCGUCUCCAUUUUGCGGGUUGUGCUGCGCGUUGGUGGCCGGAGGCGGCUCCAGAUUGCCGGCGGUUUUCCAGAAUGUCAUACCCAGGAUAUCCUCCGUCUGGCUACCCUGCUUUUCCUGGUUAUCCUCCUACAGGGCAAGAGUCUGGUUAUCCACCUGCUGGUCAGUAUCCUUACCCUGCUGUGCCUGGCGGCUUCCCACCCAUGGGAGGUGGUGCAUAUCCUGCUGCACCACCAGCUGGUGGCUUCCCGGGAACUGCAGGAUACCCCCCUGCACCUGGUGGGUAUCCCUCUGCACCUGGUGGAUAUCCUGGGGCUCCUCAGCCUGGCGGGAUGCCAACAUAUCCUGGAGGUGCUGGGUUUGGAGCACCCUCUAACGGCUCUGGCUUUGGCUACCCACAGCCUCCAUCCCAAAUGUAUGGUGGAGGUGGACCAGCACAAAUACCAGCUGGAUAUCCUGGUGGACAAACACCUACACCAACACCUCAGCCUGCAGCAAUGACUCAGAGUAUGCAAGGCACAAUUCGACCAGCUCCUAACUUUGAUGCAGGGAGAGAUGCUGAAAUUCUGCGCAAGGCUAUGAAGGGGUUUGGAACGGAUGAACAAGCAAUCAUUGAUGUUGUAGCCAACCGCUCCAAUGGACAGAGGCAACAAAUUAAGGCUGCUUUUAAGACUAUGUAUGGCAAGGAUUUAAUUAAAGACCUGAAGUCAGAGCUAAGUGGAAAUAUGGAAGAGCUGAUCCUUGCAUUGUUCAUGCCAAGUACUUACUAUGAUGCCUGGAGUUUACGGUAUGCAAUGAAGGGUGCCGGGACACAGGAAAACGUGCUGAUUGAGAUUCUCUGCACAAGGACAAACCAGGAGAUUCAAGAAAUAGUCAGGUGUUACAAGACUGAAUUUGGAAGAGACAUUGAGCAUGAUAUUCGGGCCGAUACGUCAGGACACUUUGAACGGUUACUUGUGUCUAUGUGUCAGGGUAAUCGGGAUGAGAAUCAAACUGUAGAUUACCAAAAAGCUCAACAGGACGCUCAACGCCUUUACCAAGCUGGUGAAGGGAAACUGGGUACAGAUGAGUCCUGCUUCAAUAUGAUCCUGGCAUGUAGAAGCUUUCCCCAGCUGAAAGCCACAGUGGAAGCCUACUCUCAGAUUGCUAACCGUGAUUUAUUAAGCAGCAUUGGCCGGGAGUUUUCAGGAAAUGUAGAACGCGGCUUGAAGGCUAUCUUGCAAUGUGCUCUGAAUCGCCCAGCCUUUUUUGCAGAGAGACUUUAUCAUGCCAUGAAAGGAGCUGGCACAGAUGACUCUGCCCUGGUUAGAAUUGUAGUCACCCGCAGCGAGAUUGAUCUUGUACAAAUCAAACAGAUGUUUGUUCAGAUGUUCCAGAAGACUUUGGGCACAAUGAUAUCAAGUGACACAAGUGGAGACUACAGGCGCUUGCUUGUAGCCAUUGUUGGUCAAUAAAGAGCCCUGUCAGACAAAGAAAAUGGAACAAGAGCUGCUUAGGCGAAGAGCCCAACUAUCACUGCAUUAUAAGAGUAUGUUAUCCUAGACAAUGCAAAUAAGUAUGCUUUGGUUGAUUGGAAGGGCUUUUGUUUUGCACAAAUAAUUGCCUUAAUUUAGCACAUCAUGUACUUUACAAUGUAAAUUAAGACACGUGCUGUCUGAGUUGUC